AUGUUAAGAACCAAUUUAAUAAAGCUUGAGAGUCGGUUAGCAUGUAUUCAAACUCUCCAUAGAAGACUUCAGUCGCAACUUUCAGUUAAAGUGAAAGUACGCUCGAGGGAUCUGUCUUCGUGUGAUAAUAUUACAACUUUAAAGAGUGACUUAAACGGAGAAAGCAGGAUUCCAAGUGAAGAAGUUAUACAAUUAGCUUUCAUGCAGCAUGGUUUGAAGAAAACUAGUAAAUUAAUCUCGAAGUUUUCAAAUUACCGCGAGAAUUUUAACAAAUUUCCUCCUAAUUAUGCUUCUAACCAGCUACUAAAGAUCGACAGUGAGAAUGAAAAGGAAUUGCAUGAAAUAAUGUCGCAUUUUAAAGCCCCAGUACGCUAUGCAUUUGGUUACGGCUCAGGAGUAUUUCAUCAAGCCAACUAUGAUCUGAAGGUUGACAAGCCACAAAUCGACCUUAUAUUUGGGGUCAAUCAUCCCGAACACUUUCACUCAUUGAAUAUGCGUCAAAAUCCCGACCACUACUCCUCAAUGAAGUAUUUUGGCUCCUCUAUUGUGGCGAACUUCCAGGAAAUCGGUGCUGGCAUUUAUUUCAAUCCUUACGUAAAUAUCCGUGGCCAUGAAGUUAAAUACGGUAUUGUAUCUAUGGAUAAUUUACUAAAGGACUUGGCAACCUGGAAUACGUUCUACCUAGCAGGCAGAUUACAGAAACCGGUUAAAGUGUUAAAGAACGAUUUAACUGUACAAUACUGGAACAAUUUAAAUCUAAAAGCAGCGGCUACCUUGGCAAAGCACCGUCUUCAAGAGAAAUCUCCUGGUAAAUUUAGCGAGCAUGACUUUUACAAGGAAAUAACUUCAUUAAGCUACAUGGGUGAUAUCAGGUACCUUCUGGGCGGAGAGAAUCCAAACAAAAUCGCGAAUAUUGUGGAAAACAAUUUCCAUAAUUUCAGAGACUAUUACAAACCAAUCUACAAUGACGUUGUCUUGAAUAAUUACUCCUACCUUCCAGAAGGGUAUACAGUUGAGAAUGCGGUGUCUCGUUUAGAGAGUAGAAUUGCUAAAUUUAGUGCAAUACAAACCGUCAAGGGCAUUUUUUCUGCUGGUAUCGCGAAAUCCAUAAAGUACGCAUGGGCAAAGAAAUUGAAAGCUAUGCGCUCAAAAUAA